AUGAAAAAUCUCAUCAUCUUUACGAUCCUUUUAGGCCUAUGCAUCGGCUUAAGCAAUGGUUUCCACGUCCACAUGAUAGGAGAAAGCAAAGUCGUGAUAAGCAACCAGUUGGAGCAUAAUAAACUCCUCAAGGUUCAUUGUAACUCCGGAGACGACGAUCUAGGAGAGAAAAUCUUGAAAAUCGGUGAAGAUUACAAGUUUACUUUUGGUGAUAAUCUUUGGCAAACGACUCGUUUCUCGUGUAAAAUGGAUCAAGGUCCUAAUUUCAAGCAUCACCAAGAGUUUGUGGCUUAUGAGUCUUCUUGGAGCAAAGCUCUUGAAGCCUCUUGUAAGUGGAUCGCUAGAGAAGAUGGUAUCUACUUUUCUCUAGAUGGGAGCCCUCCUGCGAAUAGAUAUAUGUGGGAUGGUCCUCACUUCCUGAAAAAUUAA